AUGCCUUUUCCAGCAACUCCAUCGCCAUUCCGCCUGUCCCGUCGCAAUCCAUCCGCGCGCCGCAAUGUCGGUCCCCAAUUCGCCCCAACGCCGCGAUUCGUACUAUCUCAGCCUACAACACAAGAUAAUGUCAAUGAUCUGGACGUGAUAGAUGAUGAAGAUGAACCCCCAUCAACGCCGAACUUCACGCGCCAACCACCUGCGUCCCAAAGCAACGCUUCGCGCUCACAUCACCUGCGCAACGUGAUUGAGGACUCGGAUGAUACUCGGAUUAUUCCCAGCCAAGGUCCUAGAAGCACAACUGUGGUUGAGCUUCCAGACGAUGCAAUUGCUAGUAGCCCACCCGCGCAGUCCCAGACCCCAGGCAUUCUCGAUGCCGAGUUUGACGCGCUCUUUGCCACGACUCGUGAGAAUAAACGGCGCCGGGUGGAGGCAACCACACCCCUGCCGUCGAUGACGCAGACAGAAUACCAUGCGAUGUCUUCUUCGCCAAUAGAAUAUAAUCAAGCAGCUAAACCCAUCACUAAUGACACUGGACCGGACUUCGCCGACCCGGAUAACGAUGUGCAAAGCACGCCGGCACCAAAUGCACGUCCAGUCGCGCCAGGCAUAUCAACACCAGCGAACACACAAACGCCGUUCCGGGGGCGUCCCCGCUUCAUGCUUUCGUCUACUGCGAAGCCGCCCAGCAGUCAGUCUGCGCCAAGAUUCCAAACAAGCACGCAAGAGACAUCGGCGCCUGAAAGACGGAAGCCAGUGUUUCUUUUGCCUCGCUCGCCAUCUCCAAAUCGAGAAGCGGAGGAUAUACCUGCACCGUUCUCCCCUUCUUCUCGCACGCUACGUCGACGUGGUAGACAGCGCGGUGGUGCAUCCAAUUAUACACCUGGCGGAAUGGCCGCGGAAGUACGGAGCUGGGUUUUGGAAAUGGGCACGAAACGUGACUCAUUGCCAUACCCUCAGACUCCUAAAGCCCCCUCUGCCCAGGAAAUAGGUGCUUCUGGGGUCUUGGAAAAAUACUCCGUUGCUGUUCGCGUGGAUGAUGCUGGGCACUCUACACUUAAUAGCUGUGGCCCUCUGGCUUUUCUGCAGGCAACAGUACUUGCUGGCCAUUCUUUGCAAGGCGAGGCUCAGGAUGAAUCCAUCAGAAUUAUGCUUAUGGGUCCCCCACGGUCCAAACCGCCUCAUUCUGAUAUUGCCAGGGCACUGCGUCUACAAGAGGGUGACCUUGUCGGUAUUCAUAGCGGGCUAAACUGGUAUCUCGAGCUUGGCUCUUCCUUGGAAAAUGCACAGCUUCCAGAUCUGGCUGCUUCUACGUCGCAGAACGAGCCAACUGCGAGUGAGAGCUGUGAUGUCGCGAAAGAGCGGUGGCUUGUGGUUAUGGAAUGGGAUCUCGUCCAGAUAUCUGAGUGA